GAGAGAGGGACUCCAGUUUGCGCUCCUCUCCCUCGCCUCCGGCUCCCGGGCUCAACUUAAGUGGCCGCGCUCCUCUGGCCACGCCCGCCGCCGCCCAGUCAGGCUGGGCCUUCUCGCGUUCUCGCGCCGCUCCCGACCGUCCCCCCCGAGGGGCGGGGCGCACCGUGCGUCACGUCGCCGUUCCGUUGCGCGAGCUCCGCCCCUGCGCGCCCCGCAGGUCUGUGUUUGAAAGCUGUUCCCGGGGAGACAACGGCGAGCUCGGCGCAGUAUGGAGCCGAGGCUGGUGAAGCCGCCCGGGCAGGAUUUGGUAGUGGAGCGUCUCAAAAGCCGCUACGGACUAGGGGGCAGCCGCUUCGCCGAGAUAUGUCUUUUUUCUUUUAAGUAUGAUUUUUCAAGUUUUGAUCAGGCUAAAUGGAAGAGAAGAUCUCUAACCUCCCCAGAUGGUUUGGAUAUCUUCUCAUCUGGAGAUAAAGUGGGUUCAUCAUUAAGAUGUUAUUCUGAUGAAGGAAAGCUUUGCACAACACCGCUUUGUAGUUCAUUCAAACACUUAAAUGUGAAUUGCCUAGAUGAUGAACUGGAUUCUUUUCAAGAUUUGAAGCAACAAGAAACAAAAGAAGAGUUAAUUGAGAAUGAUCAUAGAAUUAGUACAUCCAAAAUAACCAAACAGUCUUUUAAAGACAUUGAAAAAGCAGUUGCCCAGCCAACUAAUGUGGCAUCAAAUUCAAGAAAUUGGACUGAAUAUUGUAGUAAUGCAAAUGACUCCCCUCUGAGACGUGUCAGCUGUUCAACAUCUAAAGCACCAAACAAGCAAAGAAUACUUCCACAUCAGAUUAAUCAGAUCUAUGAUGAAUUAUUUCAAAUACAUCAGAAACUGCAGUGUGAAACUGCAGCACAACAGGAGUUUGCUGAAGAACUUCAAAAGCGGGAACGUUUUUUAGUUGAAAGAGAACAACUACUUUUCAGACAUGAAACUGCUUUGAGUAAAAUUAAAGGUGUCGAAGAAGAAGUUCUUACAAGAUUUCAGAUUAUAAAGGAGCAACAUGACGCAGAAGUUGAGCACUUAACUGAAGUUCUUAAGGAAAGAAACAAAGAAAGCAAGAGGCUAAGGUCCUCUUUUGAUGCACUGAAAGAACUGAAUGAUAACUUAAAAAAGCAGUUAAAUGAAGUAAGUGAAGAAAACAAGAAGAUGGAGAUUCAGGCUAAGAGAGUUCAAGCUCGUUUAGAUAAUUUACAGAGGAAGUAUGAGUUUAUGACAAUCCAGAGAUUGAAAGGAAAUUCACAUGCUGCUAAUGAAAUGAAAAGUUUAAAACAAGAUAAAGUACCAGUCUCAAAAACUCACAAGGUACCACUUAAUGCACAAGUUUAUGAACUUUUAACUGUCUUCAUGGAUUGGAUUUCAGAUCAUCACCUUAGUAAAAUAAAAAGUGAAGAAUCUGGAAUGGAUGGUGAAAAGCCGCUACUCAGAUUUGCUUCUCAGAGAAAUGAUAUUCAGGAGAAGUGUAUAAAGCUUUUGCCUAUGAUGACAGAGCAGCUACAGUGGAUGCCUUUUGUGAAUACCAAACUUCAUGAGCCUUUUGUAAAAUUUAUAUAUUGGUCUCUAAGACAGCUAGAUGCGGGAGCACAGCAUUCUACCAUGACAUCAACAUUGAGGAGAUUGGGUGAAGAUAUAUUCAAAGGAGUAGUAACUAAGGGAAUUCAAGAUAAUUCUUUAGAACAUUCAGUGGAGAAUAAACCAAAGACAGCUGCUUUCUUUAAGAGCUCCAAUUUACCACUGAGAUUUUUAUCAACUUUAAUUGUUCUUAGAACAGUCACCCAAGCUGACUACCUGGCUCAGGCAUUUGAUUCUCUCUGUUUGGACUUGAAGACAGAUGAAGGAAAAGUCUUGUUUUUGGAAUAUCAAGCUGUUCCAGUAAUACUAAAUCAUCUACGAAUAUCCAGCAAAGGACUACUUUCUAACGUCAUUGAUAGUUUGCUUCAGAUGACAGUGGAAUCUAAAUCCUUGCAGCCUUUCCUGGAAGCCUGUAGCAACACUUUAUUUUUUCGUACUUGCUCUGUGCUACUUCGAACCCCAAAACUUGAUCUUCAAAUACUAGAAAAGCUCAGUAUUAUUCUGCAGAAACUUUCCAAAAUAAAGAGUAACAAGAAGCUCUUUGAACUUUUUACUAUUCAUCUGAUGCUUCAAGAAUUACAAAGGACAACACAUCCAGAGCAUGCCUUUCUCUGUAUUAACCUAAAUUCAACUCUGUUCAAUUUGGGUUUGACAAAAUGCAACUCCCUGGCCUCCAAUGCAAGCCAUUAGACUGGCUUAUUAUUAUUUUAUGUAUAUGAUAUGUUGUUCCUUAUUUGUAAGAUUGUGAAAAUUACCAAAGUAACUAAAAGUCUACCAAGUAAAGUUAUCAGUAGCGUCAUUUAUCAUGAAAAGUAGAUUUUUUUUUAACUUUUAAAAUGAAAUCUAUAGAAGCUGUGGAAUUUUUGGACUGAUUCAGUUUAACUUAGUAAGUACUAAGUUGAACUGAAUCAGUAGUAGUACUUAGUAAGUACUAUUAAUGUAGAAAAUGGAAUUUCCAGAAUUAAUGACAGUGGGGUUACUUUUUGUAAGAGUGUUUUAGAAAAAUUUUUAAAUUAUGUGAUUAUUUGGAAUAAAAUUGGUGUUUGUGUGGGAAAGAG